UGCUGUCAUCAUAUUAUUGCGUGUGAUUGUGGUGUUAUUUGUUUAUUUGUGUAUUUUGAUAUUUCCAGUGUGAGAAAAUAUGUAUUUCUUUCAAAACAGUAGUGAAACCCUAGUGGUUUUUGCGUGAUUAUGUUAAUAAGAUAUUUUACUGAAUUAAAAUCGUGGAUUGAACAUCUUAGCCACUAGUCGACAAUUCCAAAUUUACCGUAAUGGAAACUCAAAAACAAGAUAAAUGGGAGGCUCUGGCGACUGUUAAAUCAUUUGACUUAGGUCUAGAACUUAAUAGUCGCAGAGAGUCUCUCUUCAGUCAAAGCAUGCAGCAAGUGGACAUUGUUAAUACAACAGCAACCACACCCAUCAGUCUUCUCGUGCAGUCUCUUGUCAAACAGCUGUGCUCCCUUCUAGAGAAAGAUUACAAUAGAGCUAACCAAUUAUACAAUACAAUAUGUGAAAAACUUCAUAGUAUGAACUUGAUUGACAAUUCUUAUGCAAUGGGUGAGUUUGAGGUCAUGAGAAGUCAGUAUCAAAGAGCCCUCUACCAGUUAGUGACAGUAGCCAAUGGGUCGGAAAUACCUAUCACUCUGCCUAUCACCUGGCCUAUAGUCCAACCAUCUGGUCUAGAAUGGUCUAGAUACCAUAAAGAAUUUGAAGAGUUAUGUUUCAUCGCUGGCGGAGGCUUUGGUAGUGUGUUCAAAGCUCUUCAUAGGCUGGACGGUGUUAAAUAUGCGGUAAAAAAAGUAUACAUCAAGUCAUCCAAUGUGAACUCCAUUAUGACACAUUUAGCUGAGGUAAAAACUAUUGCCAGCCUCAACCAUCCUAAUAUUGUUAAUUAUAAAGCUGCCUGGUUGGAACCAAUGAUUGAAUCGACAAUAAAGAAGAAACGCAAAUUAAAUUUGGACGAUAGUGAUGAGUUUUCAGCGAUGAACUCUGAUGUAAUAUCCUCAGCGCAUCCGAAUAUAGUAAAAUCAUUUAAAACACACGAUUCUAAGGAGCUAACAAGGAAUAACAGCCAAUCUGAUUUUGUGAUAUCAUUCAAAAACUCUAGCAGCUUUGAGCAAGGUGAGAGCUCCGAUGAGGAAUUAGAAAGUGACAGUGAUGAUGAUUCCAUCACACCUGAUGACCAGAAUGCCUUGUGCAAGAUUUUAUCCGGUAAGGAUUACGAAAACUGCUCCAGGAUUAACCUCAAAUGGGCCACACUUUACAUACAAAUGACAUAUUGUCACCAAACACUGAAGCAAUGGUUGGAUAAUAGAAAUAGUCGUUUGCCAUUGUCGAGGAAAAAUUCUGACGAUCUGACGCUUCAGCAUAGUGAUUCAAGUGAUUCUACAGGUUUUGACACAUCUUUUAUCUCGGAAUGCAAUUACCCGAUCUCUUGGACACAUAUUGACGUUAUUAUGGACAUGUUCACCCAACUUGUCCGUGGUCUGCAUUAUAUACACUCGAGGGGGAUUAUCCACCAUGAUAUUAAACCAAGCAAUGUAUUUGUGGAACGCAGUGAGAACGGUUUAUUAGUACAGUUGGGUGACUUUGGUUUGGCGUGUCCUCUACAGCAAUCACACAGUGGUUUGGCUCUGGGUACACAUUUGUAUGCAGCACCUGAACAACUUGAUGGACAAUGUAAUCCAAAGAGUGACAUGUACAGCUUGGGGAUAAUACUUCUAGAGAUGGUCGAGCAGUUCAGUACAGAAAUGGAACGAGUUAAAACUAUUACAGACUUGAGAAAAGGGCAAAUACCUGCUCGACUAACUGCCAACUACCCGAAAAUAGCCCAUAUUAUUGGUAAACUUGUUCAAUGGAGACCAACUAAGAGGCUAGAUACAAAACAACUACUGGAAGAGUUGAAGUAUCUAUCGGAGGACAAAGAUGAGACCAUAAAGGCUUUGCGGGAAGAGCUGGCUGCCAAAGAUGAUGAGAUUGCUAAAUUAAAAAUGAUGUUAGCAAAGUUAAAUCCUUAAAAUGUGACAUUUGAUUAUGUUUGAUGAAUACAUAUCUAUACCAAUAAGGAUGCCUAUACCAGUGGGUAUUAUGACAGCUCACUAGCGCCAUCUUUUUAAUGUCAAGAUAUUUUUUUCUCAUUUUCUAUGCCUUGUUUUCUGACGGAACUAACCGCGUUUGCAGCAGCCCUUUCACCAAGCUUUACUUGAUUGAUUAAAAGAAAUCCCAUUGUUGAAUAACUUUGAAUUUGACAUUUGUAAUUGACAGUAUAAAGGACAGUUUGGACACAUCGUGAGUCCACAAUUACGGACUGUUUAUUAAUUAUAGUUAGGACAGUUAAUUUAUGCAUUUUAUUUAAAAAUUGUAAGUGAUAUGAAGUUGUCACAAAUUUGUCGAUACUUAAUUAGUUAAUUUGUGCGAGUGUGUGUAAAAAACAAAUAAAUAGUUAUCUAAUA